UGCUGGCACUGAUUGGAUGUUAGAUUAUCAACUCACAUUAGGAGUACAUCUUCUUACUCCCAUUCUAGUGUGUAGUAGUACACGUAGAAGUACUGUACAUGAUGUGUGUUGAUGAUGUUAGUAGUACACCUUCUUACUCCCAUUCUAGUGUGUAGUAGUACACGUAGAAGUACUGUACAUGAUGUGUGUUGAUGAUGUUAGUAGUACACCUUCUUACUCCCAUUCUAGUGUGUAGUAGUACACGUAGAAGUACUGUACAUGAUGUGUGUUGAUGAUGUUAGUAGUACACCUUCUUACUCCCAUUCUAGUAUGUAGUAGUACACGUAGUAGUACUGUACAUGAUGUGUGUUGAUGAUGUUAGUAGUACACCUUCUUACUCCCAUUCUAGUAUGUAGUAGUACACGUAGUAGUACUGUACAUGAUGUGUGUUGAUGAUGUUAGUAGUACAUCUUCUUACUCCCAUUCUAGUGUGUAGUAGUACACGUAGUAGUACUGUACAUGAUGUGUGUUGAUGGAGGAGAAAAGUAGGUUGGUUACUCCUCUGAGGUCAGUGUUGUGUUGGACUGCUCCUCAUCCUCGUCCUCGUCCUCAUCCUCGUCCUCAUCCUCGUCCUCGUCCUCGUCCUGUGGUGGAAUCGUGAGAUGAUGUGAAGGGAGGUUGUGGUGGUGCACACAUUGAUAGAACAUCAUUGUGUCCUCUCAUGUGUGAAAUAUUAGGACACAUGACAACUACAGAAUGGGGAGGCUCUUAUACGUUUCGUACAUUAAAAAUGGUACCGUGGUACCCUCCGGGCGUGACCCGCGCUCGCUGAGGCGUGAAGGCUAUUGUGACGCCUCUCUCAGACGAGACGUAUCACGGGCCGCCGCUUGGACGUGUUUGCGCUGUGAGGACAAAGGCUGGAAUGUGGACAAGGAAUACAUUAGCGGUGACGCCGCUGCUUACACUGCAAGAAAGGCUGGCGUGUCAUUUAGCUGUCCUCUCUCCCGCCUGCAGCAUUGCUCCACAGGCAGCAGACAGCCCCUCUGUUAUUCUAUCCAUUCCCCUGUUGCCAUGGUGACAUGGUGACUUUCCACACACCUCCUGUUGCCAUGGUUAUGCAGGAUGAAGAAAAGCAAUGGCAGAGGGUGACAGCGGGCAUAAAAGUGGGCACAGCCAACUUUGUUUGAUAAAAGUAAACCGGGGUGGGGGGGGAAGAACAGUCAAAGGUUCAAAGACCUUUUGAAGGAAAAAGAGGAGCAAAGAAAGAUUGGGAGAAAUAAUUGCUGGGAGCUUGUUGAACCUGCAUGGAAAAGAAGUCACAUGACACGUCCUUGUCAUUGUUAGUCAUCAUUAGUCAUACUGAUAGUCCAAGUCAGUGUCGCCUUUUUUGAGCUUUAUGGUGCAGCUCUGAGCAUACUGAUGAUGUGUGGAGGACUCUACGCCCUUUUUGGCACGUUCAUUGUGCAGCUGGCCUCCCCAUUACCACACACACACACUCAGCACAAUAGAAGAAGAAGACAACUCUGGAUGGAAUUAACACAAGAGUGAGACAAAGACAGUAUUUGACAUCAUUAAUGUAGGACUCGAGACUGAAUAGACCAAUAGAAUGUUGAUUAGUUAUUGAACUGUGGGCCGCACGGUGGCCAAGUGGCUAGCAUGUUGGCCACACAGUCAGGAGAUGUGGAAGACCUGGGUUCAAAUCUCCGCUUGGGGUUUGCAUGUUCUCCUGGUGCGUGUGUCCCACAUUCCAAAAACAUGCAUGUUAGGUUCAUUGGCUAGUCUAAGUUGUCCAUAGGUAUGAGUGUGAAUGGUUAUUUGUCUGUAUGUGGCUGGCCACAAGUCCAGGGUGGGAUAGGCUCCAGCAUGCCCCCGCAACCCUAAUGAGGACAAGCGGCAUAGAAGAAAUAUGGAUGGAUUACACUGGAGUGUAAUUUCCAUUUCUACCGCUAGGGGGAGAUAUUACUCUCCUACGUAAUGUGUGCAUGUGUUUUGUGUUUAUGGCUUCCAAACCUUUGCUUUGACGGGUAGUUUUAAUGAGUGUGUGUACUGUUUGUAAACUAGCAUUUAAGGAGUGUUUUUGUGUAUAUUUCACAAUACAAGACACACAUGUCAGUGCAUAGUGAUGACAAUGUGCACUAUGUUACAGGUUAUCUUUAUGUUUAUCCCUAUGGGAUUAGUAACAUAAUCCCUGCGUGGUUGCCUCCAGGCUGCUUUAUGGGUUUUGACCCCCACAUGAUGAUGCAGAGAUUAUCCACUGAUGGUGUUUCAAUCAGGAAGACAAGGCGGACUCCUAUAUCAUCAUGCAGGAUGCAGAGGUCAAAGAAAGCAUGUGGUCCAGACAUUAUACACUGUAAAGCAGUCAUUUUCAACCUUUUUUCAACAUAUCCGCUGUAGAAUAUUUGUUUCAGCCAAGCACCCCCAAUUACAGAUAAAAACACAGCACUGUAACAUCACUAUCUGCUUUAUUACAAGUACAAAUAAAUAAAUAAUAAAUAAAUAAAUGACCCUGCAAAUCAGCACUGAUCUUGUUUGCAACAUUUAGAAAUAAAAUAACUCAACAAAGAAACAAUUAUGAAAAAGAAGCUUUGUGCACAUGAAAUAAUCAUCAACUCAAAGUGUCCCACUUUGGUAUUAUAAUAAAGAUAAAUACAUUUAUGAACUUUAUUUCAAGUCAUUUGAUUUACAUUGUGUCUUUCAGUUACAAUAAACAUAUACACUAAUAAUUUAUGUACUGUUACAGCUUACAAAAUGUCCCCCACUGUAUUUGUAUUACUUUUUCAAGUACACCCUGGAGUACCUUCAAGUACUCCAUUUGACAGCCCAUUUGACAACACAUUGACAUUGUAUACUGUGUACUAUACAGUACACAGUAUGUACUGUGUACAAUACAGUACAUUACAUCAUAUUAUAGUAUAUCAUCAUCAGUUACAGCAGCUAGCCGUUAGAUGGCAGUAUGUACUUUAUCCGGCGAGCUGGCGUCAGCACAUGAUGAUGUAAUGCCAGCAUCCAGCAAAAGGGGGCGCUACAGCUCCGUUUUCCACGGGUCCUUGUUAGCUCGCCGGCUAUCUUAGCGGGCUAGCAAACGUUUGGCCACCGGGUUUGAGAUUCCUGCGGUAGCAUAGCUUCCUGACGUGGCCGUCAGAGAGGGAUGGAAGACAGCCACUGGAGGCUGGAGGAGGAGGGACAAAGCGGCAAAGAAAGACACCUAUUCAAACGGUGGACGGCGUAGGAUCGGUCAUUGCGGCUGGGAAGCACCGGGAAGUUCUCGGAUCCACGCUGACGUACGCAGCCGGGGAGAGGAAGCGCGGGUCCGGAUACAAUUUGGCUUGAACCCCUGCUCAGGGUGGGACGGAAACGUUCCCUACUUGGCGGUGUCUCAUCUGGGGCGUGUGGGCCGAGCUCCGUCCCCCCAGCUCAUGAAACAGCUGUCGCCGGUGGAUGGUGGUAUAUUUAAGGAGGGAGACGCCGAGCUAAGUGACCGUGUGUCGGGGAGCACACGCACAGCCCGCCGCUUAUGAAUAGAUAAUAUUUAUAUAACCCUCAUCGUACAUUUUCACCUCCGAAGGCGACUGUUGUGCGUUUAAGCUCCAAUUUUGCCACGAGCUACUGGCCCUUACCGGGCCAAUGCAGCGAACCCAUCCGUGAAUUGGACGCCGUGGAGGGAGAAAGACAGCCGGGCCACUGCGAUAGUCCCACACGCCGUCUCCCAAACACCAUGGCUGGAUUCGUACCUGGUCUGCUGCCCACCAACCAUUCCCAGGAGAAGCAGUUCGCACGAGCCUAUGAGAAUGUACUGGAAAGAUAUAAAGAUAAGGUGGCACUUUACUGGAGUGCCAAGGAGGGCUCGACAUCGACAAGAUGGCUGGGGACCGCGGACCUGGUGGUGCCGGCUCUUUGGUCAAGCGCCUCCUUGCUCUUGGUGUCAUGGUGGCCCACUAUUGGGGAACAACCCAAGAAACGACCUGGAACGAGUGCAGGACCACGUGAGCUGUCCGGCAGGUCAAGCAUGUCUGAUGGCCAACAUCACCAGUGACUGUAACAUCUACGUCUGUUACACAUGCCUGGCACAAACUCUUCACGUCCGAAUGGCCCAAGCUACUCAGAGGACUGUGGUGUCAUGGACAAUCAAGUUUCCAAAUCUCCCAACAUGUCAUCGACGACGUCGAGAGUGGUAUGACACGCUGCUUGGAGGGACUGGAACGGUGUUGGGGGUGUCCAACACCAUCGACGGGGAGGUCACGCGUACAGUGCUGUCGACCACUGGACAGUAUACAUCACGGGCGUUACACCAAGUUGGGGAGUGGUUACCUAACGGGAUAGGUACACAAUUGAGUAAUGUCAAUUUAUGGAUGCAUCAGUACAAUUGGCAAUUGACUAUGUUUAACGAAACUUAUCGCUCCUUAAUGAAUCUGACCCAAAUUGCCAAUUGGACUGCUUGUAAUAUGCAAAUGUUACAUGCACACAUUCAGAAGGAAAGGUUUAUAACUGGAGUUUAUACAGGGAAUUAUCAUCAGUGGAGAAAUACUUGGAAUAUUAGUCAAAAACUAUGGCUCCAACUAUUUCCGGAACAAACUGUUUGCAAUAGCACCCAAUGCAAAGGUUAUUGGUAUCAAUACAAUGUAACUCAAGUGAAAACUGUAUGCCGAUAUGAAGUACUUCCGGUAAUAUCAAUACAUGGAUAUCAUUAUCUGCAUGUGAGUGGAGAGUGGUUUGAAGCCGCAACAAAUACGACUUAUGACACUGAUUUAUGUGAUAAAACUGAUCAAGGGAUGGUAUGUACUUUACAGAUGGGUCACGCUAAUCCAUGUUUGAGUGAUAGUCAGGUAACACUAUGUGAUUGGAGUGUUGAGACACCACGAGACAUGCUAUGGCAGGUAGGGCCACAUUACCUAUGCGUAGCUACCAUGAGACAACACCCACAGUUACCUUCAGCUCCAUUCGUUGGCUGUCUUAAUGAUGUACACCUGUGGCAUUGGAAUAAUCAAACGUACUAUCUCACCAAUUACUCCCAGGAGUCCAGAUUGUCAGCGGUGCAGUGGGAGGUUUUGCGCCACCCCUGGACUGUGUCUCUGGACUGGUUCAAAUGCGCAUUGGACCGGUCCACAGAAUUGAAGGAUCUGAUACAAAGACAUAGGUACAAUGUCACGCGGUUGUGGGUGUCCACAUUAAUAGCCGGGGAUGAAGUGAAACAUGUAGCGAGGCUAGUGCAGCAGAGUUCCGCCCAUCAUUGGUGGGAUAUUUUAUCUGGAAUGUCUGUAACUGCCAGGAAAACCAUACUGCCACCCUUGUUUAUUUUGGCAGGAUGCUUAAUUAUAUUAACCUUAUGUAACGUAUUCACUUGCUUGUAUGUUAGACGAGCUGAAAGACAGCUUGAGAGAAUAAUUUUUAAUCAGUGGUAGUAGUAUGCGAAUUGCUGUGUGUGAAAGCGAUGCCCCUUUUGGGCUUACCAAAAUUGAGGUAAUUGUGGAAAGCGGGGGACCGGAUAUUUAUGUUUGGAAUUUUCAUGUUGCGGGGAAUAUGAUGUGGGGUGAAUUUGUCUGUGACACACGGGCGGAUUUACUUGAGAGGGUGCAACACAAUCUGGUAAAUUGGAAUAAUUGGGAGGGGAACAUGAUGAAUAAUGAAGAUUUUAUGAAUUGAGGAAAAUGAUGUUCAGAACAUCAAGAGUGGAAUGUGAAAGGGUGAUGGGUUUGUGUUGUUCUGAACAUUCAUUUCCCAGGAUACGAAUGUGAGAAAGGGUUUGUGUUGUUCUGAAUAUUCACUUCCCACUGUAUAUCUGCUGACCUUGCCUACCAGGUGCUUGUUAAAAAAUAGUAACUCUGCAUGCGAAUGCCUGAGUUUCGGGGCCGGCCACCCCGUUCUCACGCUCGCACGAACAGACUGGUAUAAAGAGGGGAGAGCGAAAACACCUAGACGGAGUCUGCUGCGGGUUGUGAUCGAACGCCCAGCCGAUUGACGCGAACUCUUCCACGGGUGUUGGCUCUCCACCCUGUUGGCGUAGGUAAGAGGCUUUUUCGCUGCAAUCAUAUAUCUUGUGUGUUGAUGCUUAAAUAAAUACGCCCUUGUUUAGGCUAAAAUAC